AUGGUAGGCGACGUCAUGGGCGAAUGGUGGAGCACGGGCCACUCCGCGAUUACCCUGCGCGAACUGAAAGAAAAUCCCCUCAACUCCUUUGAUAUCCCCAAACACCUGCGCCAGUUCCAAAAGUUUUCAUCAUCAGGCGUCAACAUGUUCCACCGAGCGUCAAGGCGGUUUGUCGCCUUGACCUUUCGGCCAGUGGAAUUGCGUCGAUCCUUCUUAACAGAAUCGUGCUCACAACAACCACAACUACCGACGUCGACGAGGAGCACACGUAUACGACCAACGAAAGUUCCGAUCAAUUAUGCAGCUUCUUCGAUGCAAAUUCGAACCGCUAUGUUCUCCCAACGUCUGCGACGGACCUACCGAGCUGCAGGCAAAGAUAUCUGGCGAAAGAAUCCGGUCUUUUUCCCCUUCGCCGUCGUCUCCAUCAUCGCCGCCAGCGCAUUUUGCACAUAUUUACUUCAUGCCGUCUACGUUCAAACAACAGAAGUCAAUGAAAAAGUUACCAGAUUUCCUGACUCAGUCGCGAAAGAAUUACGUAAAGCGCUGUACUUCACCGAGGUCAAUCUCGAACCCCAAAAGGCUCUGGUUCACUACAAGGCCGCUUUGAGAAUCGCAGAUGAAAUAGGGAUGCAUCCGUAUUCCGAUGAGGUGAUGGGAAUCAAACUUCAAAUUGUGGAUAUGCUGGUUAAAGCCGGGUUCCACAAAAGAGCAGCGCAAAUGCUGUCCCGUAUAUCGACCGACGCCAUUGCAUGGAUUAACAAGACGAGGCAUAGGCUUUCUUUGAAGUUGGAAGGCCCACAGAAGACCAUGCCGGAUCCUAAUUUGCAGGAGAUAUUAUCACCUAGUGAGGAGGAUGUCGAAUAUGAAUCCCGACAGGCUACUAGGACACUCAAAAAGGUCAUUGGCUUACAGUUGCUUCUCGGCGAUCUGCAUGAAGACGAGCAUUUGAAAGAACCGGGCAAUGCUUUUAUGGCACGCAGGAAUGCUCUGGACCUGUUAAGGCAAGAAAUACUCAAUCGCCAGGACCGCGGUCUCCCUCCAGUGGCAACUCCUGAGGAGGAGGACGACUGGUUGAGCGCUGAGGAGGCCGGGAACACUAUGUCUGAUCUUGGAGAGAAUUGGCUACGUGCCGGGAGACCUGACAAGGCGUUGGAGCUACUUAUGCCGGCAAUAGCGAUCUUGCGGGAAGUCGAAGGGAAACAAAUAACCUGCCGACAGGUCGUCCUUCUCACGAAUGUUGCAGCGGCAAUGUUUGAUCACAAACCAAAUGAACAAAGUGGCACUGAUAACGAGAAGCCGGUAGUUACCGUUGAAAAACAAAUGGAGGCAUCCCGAGACUGGGCCCUCAAGGCAAUUGAGGUCUCUAAGAAGGUCCAAGACGACCUGCGCGAUGAUGAUUGCGACCUCGGAUGCGCGGCUGCAGCAGAUGUUCUUUCGGCCAUUGCAGAGUGGCAAGGCGCAGAUGAAGAAGCUAGGAAAUGGCUGCGUGAAGAAAAGCGAUAUUGUGAAUCGGCGAGUUAUGCGGAGGGUAUCGACAAGGUAGUCAAGUUGAUGGCAGAGAAAGAUCGAGCUCAACCUGCUCGAAAAAGCAGCAAAUGA